GGCUGUGCAGCUGCUCGGAGCAGUCACAAGAUGCGGGCAGUCAUUGCUUUAAUCGCUAUGCUCAGCAGCCUGCUUCUCUUCGUGUGCCUGCUCUGGCUCACAGCAGACGGGUCCCUCAGCGCCAGGAGCUGGGAGGAGGAGGCCAAAUCAGCUACUGAUGUCACACCUAAAGGGCUGAGAAAACUCAGGUCCCCUUUAACAUUUGUCCAGCUUGCUACUCAAACCGAGAACAGAACAACUCUCAAAAAUGCAAUUUACCAACUUCAACAGGCUUCAAAAUGUAAGGAGAUGCAGGACAACAUUUGGUCUUCAUCUAUCAAGAAGAAAAGGUAUUCUGAAGAUUAUUACCUUCAGAUAGUGACAAAAAUACAGAACUGCACAUGGAAAAGAAGACCAGAAGAAUAUACAAAAUUUAGGUUAGAACUAGCUUCCUGCUGUGAUGCUGUUCACAACUUUAUUGCGUCUCAAAACAAUACCCCGCUGGGAAGUAACAUGAGUUAUGAGGUGGACAAUAAAAAGACUAUCCUCAUCACAGAGGACAUUUUUAGGAUGCUGCCUGAGUCCCCACCCCUUCUGGGCUAUCCUUUUAAGCACUGUGCAGUGGUUGGAAAUGGAGGCAUUCUGAAAAAUUCCAGCUGUGGAGCUGAAAUCGAUCACUCUGACUUUGUAUUUAGGUGUAACCUUCCCCCAACCACAGGAAGCGUUAGCAAAGAUGUUGGCAAUAAAACAAGUCUCGUGACUGUUAAUCCAAGUAUCAUAGCACAGAAAUACAACAAGCUGAAUGAAAAGAAGGUGACAUUUCUGGAGAACAUUGCAAGUUAUGGAAAUGCUUUCCUUUUAUUGCCAGCAUUUUCCUUCAAAAGCAACACAGCUGCUUCUUUCAAAGUAUACCACACUCUACAAGAGUUCAGAGCAAAACAGAGGGCGAUAUUUUUUCAUCCCAGGUACCUGAAAAGUCUAGCCCAGUUCUGGAGAACAAAGGGAGUGAAAGCAUAUCGACUGUCUUCUGGUUUUAUGAUUGCUAGUGCUGCUAUUGAACUAUGUGAGAAUGUGAAGUUGUAUGGCUUCUGGCCUUUCUCUAAAACCACGGAGGAGAUGCCAAUCAGUCACCACUAUUAUGACAACCAACUGCCCAAGCCAGGUUUCCAUGCAAUGCCCAAAGAAUACAACCAGAUUCUCCAACUUCAUGGGAAGGGCAUUCUGAAGCUGCAGUUUGGUAAAUGUGACUCAGACUAAAAAGGGUGGUGAUUCCAAAGGAGAACAUUUGUGUAUAUCUCAGAAGUUUGUUCAACUCCUGCUAAGGACAAUGAGCUAGAUUCUAUGCUGCGCCUCCCAGAACCCUGGUAGUGCACACCAUUAUGGGCAUUUCUCCUCCACCACAGUUGUACAUCUCUGCCCGUAUACGAAAUGGAGCUGUCAGCCAAAGAAACCAACUGCAAAAACCUCAGUCACCCUUUGUUUCUUCCUGCAGCUCACUGACAUCAAGACAUAAAACCUACCAAGGAGUUAGG